AUGGAGCCGGACGCGUCGUCCGACCUCCCGCCCGUGCCUAGCUCGCCCGUCUACUCCCUGGCCUCGACGGCGAACCCCAUGUCGCACUUCAACCUCCCGCCACCGCCGGCGCCGCGGCCCGGCCACGCCGUCCUCACCGGCGCCGACCUCGAGCGCUCGCACGAAGCCUACGCCGACCUCGUCGCCUCGGCCAAGGCCUACCGUCUCGCCCUCGCCUCGCUCUCCUCGGCCGCCUCCUCCUUCGGCUCGGCCCUCGAGUCCUGCGCGCGGCUCAAGGAAGCGCGGGCCGAGCCCGUCGCCCCCACGGGCGCCGUCUCGGCCGGCUUCGCGCCCGGCGGCGGCGCCUGCACGGCCGACACGCUGCUCUCGGCCUCGGGCGUCCACCACCUCGUGGCCAAUCACCAGCAGAUCCUCUCCGACACCGUCUACCGCGCCUUCGAGGUGCCGCUGCUGCACGACCUCGACCGGUGGCGCUGCGUCAUCGACGACGAGGCCGACACGUACCAGCAGAAGAUCAAGGCCCAGAGCCGCGAGGUCAAGCGGCUCGAGAAGGAGGGCCUCCAGCUGCACCGCCAGCGCCGCCGCGACGUCGGCCGCUUCCGCGCCCACCUCGUCGACCUGACGGCCAAGCUCGACGGCCUCACGAGCCUGCACGCCGACCACGCCCGCGCCCUGCUGCGCGAGAGCCAGGAGACGAGCGCGCGCAUCGUCGACGCCAGCUGCAGCCUCGUCCGCGCCGAGGUGGACAUUUUCGAGAGCCUCGCCCGCAAGGGCUGGACCGGCGGCGGGCUCGACGACCUGCUGGAGAAGGGCCAGGACCUGUUCGCCUUUGACGACGCCCACGCCGCGUCGGCCGCCGCCUCGUCGGCCGCCACCGCCGCCGGCGGCGUCGAGUCGCCCGCGCUCUUCUCCAUCCUGCCGCCGCGGAGCAUCCUCGCCGACACGGCCCACGACGCGGCGCCGACGCGGAGCGACAGCAUGCUCACCAUGGACGGCGGCCAAGGGUACCGAAACGAGGCCACCGACGGCACCGACGCCGGCGACGACGACUUCCCGACCGACCUCUGCCGGCCGCGGGGCCCGAGGCCCUUUUCGCCCCAGCCGCUGCGCCGGGUGCCGGCCGACGUGACUAUCGACUCGCUCGCGGCCAUGGGGCUGGCCGCGUCGCCCGAAGGCUUCGCCGACGACGACGGCUUCGCCGACGAGACGAUACGAGGACGGCCAGGCUCGCGCCGGAGCCGUGGCCGUUCGCCGAGGGACGGGUCCACGACGCCGCCGUCGCUUUCGCGAGCCGAGUCUGCGUCCGACGCCGAGUCGGCGCGCCAGAGGUCGCCGGAGGGAGCGGAAUAG